AUGAACAACGAACAUGAAGAAAUCAUAUCACAAGAACAAUUAGAAAAAGUGUCUAAGAAUAUUGAAGAAAAAGUACAAAAACUUAAACAACAACCCAAAGAAAGUGAACAAGUUAAUGUUGGAAAAAGUCAACCUAUUCAACAAUCAGUAUCAAAUAUUCAACAAACCCAAUUUUCCAAUUUAACACCUGAAAUGCAACAACAAUUAAUGAGAAUGUUUGUUGCUCAACAAGAAAAAACAAAUGAAGAUUUAAUGUCUCAAACACAAAAAGGAAUAAAAAGAAAACGAAGAGAAAUUGAUGAUCAGUUGUAUAGACAAAUUCGUGAAAAAAGUGAGAAUGAACGAAGAGAAGUUGAAAAAUUAACAAACCCAAAUCAAAAUGUUCAUAAACUUCAUUCAUUAUUUAAUGACUUACAAAGUUUAUCAACAAGUCUUGGAAUACCAAUUGAAACACCAGAAAUUGUUGUUGUUGGAAUGCAAAGUGAUGGGAAAAGUAGUUUUAUUGAAGCACUUGUUGGAUUUCAGUUUAAUGUAGUUGAAUCAACUAUAGGAACUCGUAGACCAUUAUAUUUACAAAUGUUUAAUAAUCCAAAGCAACGUACGCCAAAGUGUUGUUUUGCAAAUGACAAUGGAAUUUUUGAAGAAAGGGAAAUUGCUGUAGAAUAUCUAAGU